CAUUAGCCAUCCAGGGAAUUGUGGAUUUCACUAAAAUGGGUGUUGUCCAGCUGCAGAACCCGGCCCACCCCAUGGCUCUCCUGCAGAAAGCCAAUCAGAUGCGGCAGGCCGGGAUGCUGUGCGACGUGGUCAUCGUGGUGGACGGUCGGGAGUUUUGCGCCCACCGCACUGUGCUGGCCUGUACCAGCAAGAUGUUCCAGAUCCUGUUCACUCGCCACAGCCAACACUACUCUCUGGACUUCCUCUCACCAAAGACUUUCCAGCAAAUUCUGGAGUAUGCCUAUACUGCCUCUCUGCAGGCGAGGCUGGAGGACCUGGACGAUCUGCUGUAUGCAGCAGAGAUCCUGGAGAUAGAGUACCUGGAGGAGCAGUGCCUGAAGAUCCUGGAAACAAUCCAGACAACGGAGGAGAAUGACACAGAGGUGGGCUUUGAUGAUGGUGGCACAGAGGAGGAUGGGAAUCCCAGGGAGAGGCUUGGCAGGGACGCAUACACCUUGGGGAGGUGCCCCAAGGAGGAGCAGAGCUGGGGGAGCUCCGGUCAGAAUAUGCGCAGAGGUAAUAGGAUGGAGCAGAGUCCCUCCGUGACCACAUCCCUGGGCCUCUCCCCAACAAGCCCCACAAAGGUUGCCGUGGACAGCCUGAUGAGCCUCGGCCAGUCACUCCUGCAGAGCCGAAAGCAGGAUCCCCAGCCAGCUCUUGGCAGCUUCAUAGAGGUGACGCAUGCAGGGGCCUCUGCGGGCCACCGAAGCCCCAAGGCGGAAGAAGCCAGCUCAUCGAGCAGUGGGGAGAUGAGCACAGAGGCAUGUCGGGGCACAGGGGAUCCUGGGACCCCCACCAGGGGCAGUGUAAUUACAAGUGCUCGAGAGAUGCACCACAGCCGUGGCAGUGCCAGUGCUGGCACCCAUUUGCUGGACUGCACGGUGCCUCCCCCUUCUCUGUUCUCUGCCACCCCAAACCACAGAAGCACAACUAUUGACUCGAUGUCUUCCUUGCUGGUCCCCUCGAUGCACAUGUCCCCUCACCUGGCCAUGUCCAUGGAGCUGGGGAGCUAUGGGACACUCUUGCCACCAAGCCUGGUCCCCAGGGAGAUAUUCAGCCUGGGGGAGUUGGCCAACGGAGUGGGCCGUGAAAGCAUGACCCAGAGUAACCGAUGGGACGUCUGUGGCUCUGAACAGCUCGACAGCGAAGCGACUAAAAAUGACAGGCAGCCUCACAGUGGGGUGAAGACCUACGGCUGCGAGUUCUGUGGGAAGCGGUUCCUGGACAGCCUUCGUCUGCGGAUGCACCGCCUCUCCCAUUCAGCCUGUUCAAAGCCCUUUGAGUGUCAGCAGUGCGGAGCCCAGUUCGCAAAGGAGGAGGCACUGGAGUCCCAUAGGUGGACACACCCAGGCCCGGAUAUGGCUGUCUUCUGCCUACUGUGUGGCAAACGGUUCCAAACUCAGACGUCCCUGCAGCAGCACAUGGAGGUCCACGCCGAUGUGCACAGCUACACCUGCAGCGAGUGCGAGCGCACCUUUCCCAGCCACACAGCGCUCCGACGCCACCUGCGCUCGCACACAGGUGACCAUCCAUUUGAGUGUGAGUUCUGUGGGAGCUGCUUCCGUGAUGAGACCACUCUGAAGACCCACAAGCGCAUCCAUACCGGCGAGAAGCCUUACGAAUGCAAUGGCUGUGGAAAGAAGUUCAGUCUCAAGCACCAGCUGGAGACCCAUUACCGUGUUCAUACAGGUGAAAAGCCUUUUGAGUGCAAGCUGUGCCACCAGCGGUCUCGGGACUAUUCAGCCAUGAUCAAGCAUCUUCGCACACACAAUGGCGCCUCACCCUACCAGUGCACUGUCUGCCUUGAGUACUGCCCCAGCCUCUCCGCCAUGCAGAAGCACAUGAAGAGCCAUAGGCCUGAGGACAUUCCUGCAGACUGGAGGAUAGAGAAGAGUUACCUGUACCUGUGCUACGUGUAAAGGGGGCCAGGCAGUGAGACAGAGCACACAAACACCCAGCAGGCCUACCAGACAAGAAGAGGAAUGAACAAGAGGAUGAAUGGGAGACAGGAUGAGAAAGGCCAGUGGGGAAAGGAGAGCAACAUUAGGGUCUUUUAUCUUCAUUUUUACAGUGUGUGUAAUACAGGCUUUACAGAGAAUGUCUCCACAUGUCUCUUUUAACGGAAUCACAGAUUGUCCAGUUUCUAACAUGGAAUAUGUCUUCUCUGUGGCACAUGUGCAGCUCUUCUGUGGCACUUGAGUGACAGUUGCCUUUUCCGUCUCGUCGGUGGUGCGAUACCAGUUUGACACCCUGUGGUGUCAUCUGUUUGUCACGCAUUAUCUUUGCUGUUUCAGUGUCUUCCUUGGAGCUCCCAGGGCUUGACCCCAGCAGACUUUACUACGAUCAGCCUCUUUUCCAGUGGCACUUGACUGACUGAUCACCUACACAGACGACGGGUUCCUCCAUCCUUACGGAUGGCUUCUGAUAAUGGAUUCAGAAACUAGCGAUCACAUCUCAUAUGGAGGGGACCCCACUCUGAAUUCAGAAUUCGGCAGCGUUAGAAUAAGAACAAGAAUCCAAGUAGUGAUAGUUCUUCAACUAGAAAUGAACGAGGUAAAUUAAAAACAUGACACCAAGAAGUCAGCAAAAAUAAGUUGAAAUUCAGCAGUGAUAUAUGAUUUGUAAAUUAAAAAGAUUCCUCUGAUUAAGGGAAGUAAGGGACAUUCAUGGAAUAGGACACAAAAAACUAAUCAUUUUACACCCGAACAUUUCUUGAGUAUAACGUAAAAAAGUAAUUACCAAGUAUUACUGGUCUCAGAUUCUUUCUGUUUCUACAGAUUUAUCAUCUAUAGCCUCUUUGGCAGUUGAAUUCAGAGGACUUUGAUCUUUCUGUGGGACUGCUGGGGUCUUCAUGUGUAAUGAUACCCUGGUAAAGUUCACAGUAAUUUACAGUUGCUUGCUCAGCUGCAUAUUAGAAACAUGCAAACAACUGUUGCAAUGUAAUGUCUGUGUUUCAUGCUGUCCGGAAUUACAUAAACGUUGUACGACUCCUUGGUAAUAAGGAGGAAUAUCAUCCACAUUUUCAUGUUGAUUUCUCAGCUAAGCAUCAUGCUAGCUUUAUUAAGUUUCUACAUGAAAAUCCUGUUAAAAAGUCAGAAGAUUCCUUCAUGCUGAUUAAAUGAAAAUCGCAUCACAGUUUCAGUUUGCAGCAGAAGAAAAGUCACAUUCUGAGGACUGUGUUUUAUUCAGUUUCUGGAGAAUCACCUUUGUUCCCAGACAGCUGCCACUGCAUCCGUUUCAUUUCUUGUGUUCAACAUCAUUUCUUACUCUUGUCUGCAUGGCCUGUGUGUGCUGGUGUGUUGCAGCACAUUGUACUUGAAUGACCUUCGCCUAGAUCCCCUUCCAUGUGUCUGGAUAAGGAAGAAAGUGUGAGAUGCUGUGCAGUUCAGGUGUGAUUUCAUGUUCAGAUUAAAACCUUAAUGUAUGGCAGUGUGGUGUUAUUACCAAAACUGGUAUUUGUAUUAACAUCACCUUUUAAAGGUUGCUUAUUGUUCUGAAAGCUACCUCUCUUUUUAUGCUUAUACGCGUUCUUUGUUCUUUACUAAGAAAUUUUUAUCAUUGUGGCAUCGUAGCAACUUCAUCUAAUGAUUCAUCUUCAAGAGUAAUUUUUGCUUUUUUGUGUUAAAGAUGAGAAAGGUUACAAGUUAAAGAAAUAUUAAAAUUUAAGUUCUCUGCUUCCCCUCCCCAUCUUACAAGAGAAACGGCAAAGACCGUGAGGCCUGACGAAUAGCUGGAGCAGCCUGUGUCUUUAGCUGAACAAUAAUCCAAGUAAAGAAUUACACUAAGAAAAUGUGUGAAUUAUCUUUUAUAACAUGACAGUGUUUUCUGUAACAGUCAGUCACAUAUCAAGUAAUGCAGUGUUACUGUCGGUGGACAGUUCGGCUCCAGCAAUCCAAAGAAGUAAAGGCUAUGAUUAACAUUUAUUCUUGAAUAAAAGCCCACAGAGGUUGUUAGUUAUUUCUGUAAUCCAUAUUUUGUAUUUCUGUACUUUUCAUUUCUUUGCUUGUUUUGCUCAGCGCCUCCGUUGCGUUUGUAGACAUUAAUAGUUGUGAUAGAUCCCGAGCUUCGUCGGUGAAGGUCUCCGUUUUUUCGCUUUCAGUCUACGUGCCCUGAAACGUCUAGUGAAUGUUUAAGAAGGAACUGACAGUGAUCGACUGUUUACGAAACAGCAAGAGCUUUCUACUUGAAAUAAUUACAAAGAAGGGAUUGCAACACAUUCUGAGGGGUGAGGACAGCUGGCUUUCUGGACCCCCUCAUAAUGGUGACAACACUGUGAACUGGUGAUGUACCUCCUGGAGGGAAGAGACGUAGGUCAUGGUGGAGACGAGAGGGUGGGAAGUCACUUUAAAGGCUCCUGUAAGCAUCCUGGCUGCGCACAUUUGUUUCACUUCAGUUGACUUAAGCUGCAUCACUGUGCCUCAAAUGAUAUAGUAAAUGUCAGCUGAUAUUUUUACUGCAGUCUAUUAAAGAUGGCUGCACACAAUAUGUCAUUUGUGAUUAUAUAAGUGUGUUAAUGAAAACUUGCAGCUGAAGAGAUCUUGGGCUAGAUGCAUAAAAAUGUGUUUUAAUUCAUUAAAUUAAAAUGAAUCGUUGGAUCUAUGGCUGUUCUUGAAUGACCAGCGAGGGCAGUUUAACCUGCUCAUUCCCAUUUGUGUUGACAUUCCAUUAAAGAGAAUUGAAUUGGUGUUCGAUUUUUAUUUUAAAAAGGGCAAAACAAACUACUAAGCUUUUUUGGAAAUUAAUUACCUGAUAAUUGAUUAAAUCUCAAGAAGAUUUUUCCCUGAUGUGAAAUUACUGUUUUCUUUUGUAAAAAAAAAAGCAUUCGAGCUUCAUUGGCUUUCACCUUUGCUGGAAAGUUACAUUUGGAUGAAAGGCUUUGAGGAUUGUAAAUAUAUAGUGAGUUUUCUCUCAUUUUCUUGCAGUUUUGGAGAUAUUUUUGAUUUGAGGAUAUUUUGAGAUGCAGAUGAGAGUAAUUUCAGGUUUCGUGGCAUAUGUUUUUGCCAAGGUCACUGUGUUCUAUUGGGACGUUGUAGAAAUUUCUAGAAUGAGUACCUGUUUCAUGCAGUGCUGCCGUGCAUGUGUUCCACAGAAGAGAAUCUGAUCGGUUGCCAGAAGACUCUUUCGUCUGACAUUAUCUCUGGAAUCUAUUAUCUCCUGCAGACUAAAUGUCAGUAGGUUUUGUUUUGUUUUCCAUUUCUGGCUUGUUUUUGGUACUUACAAGACAGCACAAGUGCUGGUCGCUAUUUUGUGUAAUGAAGAUGUAUUUUUUUGACGGAUGCCAUAGUUACGUCUACCUCAGCGCUUCUUCAUCGGCUAGCCGUGGAGGGUGCCCAAGCGAUGAUCUUCAGUGUGCCCUUGGUCAUCACUAUAAACAUCAUGUCCAUCGUAGCUUUCUAGCACUGAACUCAUUUGCCUUAGGAUGUCGAUGCUGCUGGCGUCCAGCACCAGUGACUGGGCCCUUGUUUCCCACUGAGUGUCAUUUCCAGCACAGCUCUGUGUAGCUUCCAGUGUUCUCCUUCAUGUGGACAAAAUAAAGAAAUAAAAGUGAUUGAAAUUGCUGCAAGUUUUCUUCUUGUUUGUCUUACAGUGAACUGUGUACGGUACCAUCUAUGGAAG